AUGUUGUGGGUCCUGGCUCACUGGAGGAUCUCCACGUCCACUCCACAUUGCGGGAGUCGCGGAGGCCCGGUGAUGUCGUUGGCUCUGGCGAGAUCACCAGUCGACAAGCUGUACAGUAUGCGAAGCGCACUGGUCCGAUACAGCAAGAGCGUCCGACUAGACAUCCAUGCAUCAACGAUCGUUCCGAGUGCAAAGAUGAACGCGUCUCGAGGGCAAGAACAAAAGCGGCUACCUUAA